AUGUUAAGCGCUGAAGAUGAAAAAUCAAGUAACGUUUUUAGUAUGGAACGCCAAUCUUCUGUCGACAAAGUCCUGGGCAUGUGCUGGAACACGCUCAGCGAUACAUUUGAGUUCCACCUAAAAUUUCACAGGGUUGACCGCGAAGUGUUGAAUCGCAUACGACCACCGACGAAACGAGAGCUGCUGGGAAUCAUAAUGGCCAUCUACGAUCCUUUCGGUUUCUUAGCCAAUUUAACCAUUUGCAUGAAGAUACUCCAACAAUCGCUUUGGAAACGACAGAUCGACUGGGAUGACCCACUUCCUCACCAGUUCUAUACACAAUGGUCUACGUGGUGGGAAGGCUUCCAAAACAUUGCGCAGUUCACCAUACCGCGGUGUUAUUCGCCAUUGCUUAUGUCAGCUGACGAAAUUCAACUCCACGUUUUUGUGGAUGCCAGUGCUAGUGCCUUUGCAGCAGUUGCCUAUCUGCGCAUAACUAAGGGUUCGGCGGUUGAUAUCUCUUUCGUUGCAGCUAAAGCAAGGUGUGCACCAAUGAAGGGAAUGACGAUACCGCGUUUGGAAUUGCAGGCAGCAGUUCUUGGUAACCGUUUAGAGAGAUCCAUAAGAGAAUGCCAUGAAUUUCACAUAAGCCGUGUCACCUUCUGGAGUGACUCCAAAACUGUAUUGCUCUGGAUUCGUUCCACCACCAGAGAAUAUAAACAGUUUGUAGCCAGUAGAAUAGCAGAAAUACUGGGCAAUACGCAGCCAUCGCAAUGGCGCUGGCUACCUAGCUCAUUAAAUAUCGCCGAUGAAGCAACAAGAGCCAAAGCAGUACCCGUAGUUUGUUCGAGUUCCCGCUUGUUAACUGGUCCAGCCUUUUUGCGUAAACAGGAGAUAGCGUGGCCGGUAGAACCAUAA